AUGGCCGAGGAGCCACAGCCAUCGAACGUCCAGGAGGGCGCAGACCCGCCAGAUGUCCUCCCAGCAAGCAACGAAGAUCGAAAAGCAGCGGCGGCUCUCUCGUCUCUGGAUGUGAAGGAGGAUCAAGAUGCGACACCCAAUAAGAAGGAGGUUGACUUGAAGGCUUUGGGAGAGGCGAUGAAGAAUCUUGAGCUCACUCAGGGUACCGGAAAGAAGACUGCAUCGAGCGAUGCGACCAAGAAGGAAGAAGUACCAAAGAAGCUUGUCAAGGUUGAUGCAGCCGAUGUCAGCUUGUUGGUCGAUCAAUUGGACUUGACCAAGGCGAAGGCUACCGAUCUUCUGCGUGCGCAUGAUGCGGAUGCCCUGAGGGCCAUGAAGGCUUGGGUCACUGCGUCAUGA